AUGUAUAUAGGAUUUUCUGUAUUGGAUAUUUCAAAAACCAUAAUAUACGAAUUUUUAUAUGGCUACAUUGAACCUAAAUAUGGCAAUGCUGCAAAAUUGUGUUAUACGGACACCGAUUCCCUAAUUUUAGAAGUAUUUACUAGUAACUUUUAUGACGAUAUGAAACAAAACAUCACUCAUUUUGAUACUUCCAAUUUUUCCAAAAAUAAUGAAUAUGGGAUGCCUAUAACAAAUUCUAUCGUUGGAAAAAUGAAAGACGAGUUUGCUGGUACUAUAGUUGAUGCAUUUUAUGGCACAGGAGCUAAGGCAUAUUGUGUAAAACUAGGCAAGCCCUUGAAGAAGGAAACAGAAAUAAAGAAAGCUAAAGGUGUCUCGAAAAAUAUAAUCAAAAAUCAACUUCACGUAAAUGAUUACAUCCGGAUUAUACAAAAUGGUGAUACAAUAUUUAGGAAAAUGUAUGUUUUUGUAUCAUCACUACAUACAAUCUACACAGAACUAAGAAACAAGGUAGCCCUCUCAGCUAAAGAUGAUAAGAGAUAUGUCAUACCACAUGAUGUAAACACUCUGGCAUGGGGGCAUCUACUUACCACCCCAAAAGCAAUGACUGGAACCCUGGAUGAUUUAAUACAGGCGAUGGAAGAAGUGAGCGAUUUAGAUAAUUUAAUUUUGUAA